AUGGCGGCCGCUACCGAGUCCAAGCUGCCUACCGACCCCAAGUACGACCAGUACGAGUUCCCGACCACUGCCCCGGAGGCCCAGGAUGGCCACCCCGGCCACACCACCCCGGAACAGGAUGCGAAGGUGCACCAGCUGCGCACAAUGCUCGAGCAGAUGGGCUACACAGAGCGAUUGGAUACUCUGACCUUGCUGCGAUUCCUUCGUGCUCGCAAGUUCGAUGUUGAGGCGUCCAAGGCUAUGUUCGUGAACUGUGAGAAGUGGCGCAAGGAGUUUGGCACCGAUGACCUGCCUCGCACCUUUGAAUACCCCGAGAAGCCCGAGGUGUUCAAGUACUAUCCUCAAUACUACCACAAGACCGACAAGGAUGGCCGUCCCGUCUAUAUCGAGAAGCUGGGCAAGAUUGACCUCACUGCCAUGUACAAGAUCACCACCGGCGAUCGCAUGCUUCAGAACCUGGUCACGGAAUAUGAGAAGCUGGCUGAUCCCCGUCUCCCUGCCUGUUCGCGCAAGGCAGGCAAGCUCCUCGAGACUUGCUGCACCAUCAUGGACCUGAAGGGCGUCGGCGUUACCAGCAUUCCCUCCGUCUACAGCUACGUGCGCCAAGCCUCCGAGAUCUCCCAGAACUACUACCCCGAGCGUUUGGGCAAGCUCUACCUCAUCAACGCCCCCUGGGGCUUCAGCAGUGUCUUCAGCGUUGUCAAGGGCUUCCUUGACCCGGUGACCGUCAACAAGAUCCACGUGCUCGGUAGCGGAUAUCAGAAGGAGCUCCUUUCCCAGGUGCCCGCGGAGAACCUGCCCGUCGAGUUUGGCGGCAAAUGCAGUUGCGAGGGUGGCUGCGAGCUGUCCGACAUGGGCCCCUGGCAAGAGUCCGAGUGGGCUCGCCCGCCGGCCUGGGCGACCGCCAAGGAGACCAAGGAGACCAAGGAGACCGAGGAGGCUGUUGUCCAGAACGAGGACCCCGGUUAUGAGAAGAAGGAUGCCGAGGGCCAGGAGGGAGCCCAGACCAGCGCAUAG